GAUUGGAUCCAUAUCCAACCAUCCAUCCAAAAAUCAUUGUUACAUUAUUUUGUGGUGUUUCGUGGUCGUACGUGUUCCUCGCUAGCAGAACUUAUUCUUCUCAAAAAAUGGCUCCUCCAUCAUUCUCCGAUUUGGGUAAACAAGCUCGUGACAUCUUCGGAAAAGGCUAUCAUUUUGGCUUGUGGAAGUUGGACUGCAAAACUAAGACUCCAUCUGGCAUUGAAUUCAGCACAGCUGGUCACUCCAACCAAGAAUCUGGCAAAGUUUUCGGUUCUUUGGAAACCAAGUACAAAGUUAACGACUACGGUUUGACUUUAACCGAAAAAUGGAACACAGACAACACCCUCUUCACUGAAGUUGCUGUGCAAGACAAAUUGCUCGAGGGUUUGAAAUUGGCCUUCGAAGGUACCUUUGCCCCACAAUCCGGCAACAAGACUGGCAAAUUCAAGGUUGCCUAUGGCCAUGAGAAUGUUAAAAUCGAUUCCGAUGUUAAUGUUGAUUUGAAUGGUCCCUUGGUCAAUGCCUCAGCCGUUUUGGGCUAUGAGGGUUGGUUGGCCGGUUACCAGACUGCUUUCGAUACCCAACAUGCCAAGUUGACAGCCAACAACUUCGCUUUGGGUUACACCACAAAAGACUUUGUCUUGCAUACAGCUGUCAAUGAUGGCCAAGAAUUCAGCGGCUCCAUCUUCCAAAAGUGCUCCGACAAAUUGGACGUUGGUGUACAAUUGUCCUGGACUUCUGGCAGCAACAACACCAAAUUUGGCUUGGGCGGCAAAUUCCAAUUGGACAAGGAUGCUGCUUUGCGCGCUAAGGUCAACAAUGCCUGCCAAGUUGGUUUGGGCUACCAACAAAAAUUGCGCGAUGGCAUCACACUCACCCUUUCCACUAUGAUCGAUGGCAAGAACUUCAAUGCUGGCGGUCACAAGAUCGGUGUAGCUUUGGAAUUGGAAGCCUAAACCAAUUGUCUGCUACAUCAUUUUAAAUUUACUAACACUACCAAAUAAUUGUAACAACUGCAGCCGUUCACAAACAACUCUUACAGCAACAACAACAACAACAAAUUAAGUGUGUAAAAAAAAAAUAUCAACCACAAUGCGACAACAACAUCAUCUCAGCAGAACAAGAGCAACAAAUUACACUUAUAAAUAAUAAUAAUAAUAAUAAUAAAAUAUGUAUUAUGUUAUUAAGACAACAGAGAUCGUAAAAUUAUUUAAACGAUUAUAAAACAAAAAAAGUAUCAGUUCAUUUUUUGAGAAUUUCAAAUGAAAACAAAAAUAAAGGGUGAAAACCAUUGUUAGCCAUUUGGUUUGAGCCAGUUAAAAACCAACAAAAGAACAUUACAAACAAAGCAAUCUUUAGUUUCUAACAAGUAUUUCCUUUAAACAUUAGAACGCCCAUGCCUUCCAGUGUUUUGUUUCUCUCUCACUCCCACUCUCUCUCUCUCUCUCUCUCUCUAACUGCCCUUGUCAUAAAAUCCGGAAAUUUAAGAUUUUUAUGUUUAUUUACUUUUAAAGAAAUUAAACAUGUGUUAAGGCCAGUAAUUCAGACGAGCAAAUAUAAAGAGAAUAUGUUUCAGAGCAUGGUCUUUGUGCAUUUAAAAUUUA